AUGGCCGCCGCUCCUCACUCAGGGACGGUCACUAGGGUGCCGCUGUUCGUACUCCCGGCUUUCGCACGGCAGGGGGAGCUGCUGUACUUCAUUAAGUGCCGCCUGCACGAGGCUGGCUUCGUCGUCGUCCGAGAGGAGUACCGUCUGGUAAACGCCGAGCUCGCGGAGCGGCUCUGCGUAAAACUCGACGACGUCCCAGAGUACGUGAAAAUCGCCACUGGGCAGGCCCUCAACAAUGACGCGAAUAGGAGACAAAGUCCAAACGAGAAAUUGUCCCCUACUGUGCAGAGGAGGAUCGAUCCGAUGAUUUCUCCAUCAAAGAUGGUUGGGAUGGCCUAUGUUCUUCUUCUCGCGUAUCGCGACUGCCAUGCGCGUCUGCUCGAUUUUAUUACAUCCUUGGAAACCCCUUCCACCCAUGUGAGCGAAGAGGAAACGCCAGAUCCCCCUCUCCACGAGGCCUACUCAGAGCUCCUUCGUUUGGCUACAAAAUCUAUCCAAGAACAAGAAAAUAACAGCGCAGAUGGAGAUAAAAAUAAGAAUGCCGAAGAAAAAGAAGAGGAAAAUGGGAUUGUUCCGCGAGCGCUGUGGGUAAAUACAACAAAGGCGGGCGCCCGACAGGCCGGGCAGCUCCUUUUUCCACGGCUACUUGCAGAGGAUGUGCCGGCGGGUGGGGGGACGCCGCGGGAGUACGUCCACGAGCAGCUCAAGCGGGCCCUCCUCCCUGCGUUGGCGGACCUCGUACGUGAAAAACCCGUGGAACCGAUCCGAUGGCUUGCGGAAAGGCUCUUGGAGACAAAUACUCAGACCCCGCCUAUGAUCCCCGCCGAGGAUACCAAAUAA